GAACAAAGCCGUUCAAGGUCGUGGAGGCAAACUUGACCCAGACUCAUUUCGAGGCUGUUUGCCUUAUGCACUGCACAGUCUUGUUGACUUGGAAUGGUUGACAGCAGUAUUUUUGAUGAAAUACCUGAAGAAAUAAGCGCUCAGUUAGUUUCUUUUUCAGAAGCUACUGAUGAUGUUGAACAGCUUGUAAAAAAAAUUAGCAACUUUUCGAAUGAUUCUAAUACUGAGAUUAGUGAUUUGGAUACCAUCAAAACUGAUCUGUCUUUAUGCUACGCCUUUAAUGCUUUGUUUUUCAUGUAUCUUAGGUGCAAUGGUGUAGAAACUCAAAGCCAUCCUAUUAUGCAGGAAUUGGAUCGUGUAAUGAAUGCGUUGAAAAGGUGUAGAUCGUUAGUCGAAAGAGAAGGCUCUGCACGUUUGAAAUUGGACAAAGAAGCUACAACAAGAUUUGUAAAACAUGCCUUAUGGAAAUCUGCUCAUACUAAGACUAAGAAACGUCGCAUGGAUUCAUCUAGUUAGUAUUGGUGAUAAUAAUUCUUAAUUGAAAAGACCUUUAUUUUGUUUCGUUUUGUAUGUAUAAAAACGAAUUAACAAUCAAAUGUAAACUUAUACUUUUCCAGAUGUUUUUUCUCAUUUGAAUAAAUUUAUUGUACAAAUGGUGUGAUCAGUACCUGCAAUAUAUCAAUUAUGUCAGAUUUUGUGUAUGGGUUAGGAGUAUAACCUGACUGCAGGUUAAGUUUUUGAAUUGAUAAAAUAUAACUCAUUUUAGUUGGG